GGGAGACAGAGAGAGGUUGUUUCGCUCGCUUUGUGCUGGCGGCGCUCGGCCUUUCCACAAUUCACCAUGUCCGGCAGGUCGGUGCGGGCCGAGACCAGGAGCAGGGCCAAGGAUGACAUCAAACGGGUUAUGGCAGCUAUCGAAAAAGUACGGAAAUGGGAGAAGAAAUGGGUAACUGUUGGUGAUACAUCACUAAGAAUCUACAAGUGGGUGCCUGUAACAGAACCUAAAGUUGAUGAUAAGAACAAGAAUAAAAAAAAGGGGAAAGAUGAUAAAUGUGGCUCUGAAGUGACAACUCCAGAAAACAGUUCCUCGCCAGGCAUGAUGGAUAUUCAAGAUGAGAACAGUAAUCAGAGUUCCAUAGCAGAUGCUUCUCCAAUGAAGCAGGAGAACAGCAGCAAUCCAAGUCCUGCGCCAGAGCAGAAUUUAAUAAUCCAACCAGAGGGUGCUGAAACUGGGACUGAGGAGGUUCAGCCCCCUAUCAAAGAACGGCCCAGCUCUGACGACACAUCACCACCAGCAGAGCCAAAUUCCCAAACUCCCCCAGAAUUAUCUCCAACUGAUUUAGAGAAAUCAGAUAUGCAGCCAUUGGGAGUGAAAGAGAACACAGAGACUACCAAAGAUACUCAGGAAUCUGAAGAUGGGGAACCACUUCCAAAAAAGAUCAGAACAGAAACCUCUCAGCAGAGUGCUGAGGAGAGUUAGGCUGUCCAGAAACUCUGGGGUCACUUUCCAUGAAAAGGUACAUCAACAGGCCUCAAUUCAGACCGACCUUCUAGAAACUUUCACACAUUAUUGAACAUGGAGGAACCACUGACCACAAACGAUUGUUGGGUCAUAAUCCAAGAAAAUUUGGGAAGACUGGACAGACAUGAUGCUGACUAAUUUCUCCUGUGAAUACACAUUCUAGUGAUUUAUAUAUUUAAAUUACUUUCACUGUUAAAGUUGGGUGGGGUGGGUAGAAGAAAUGGACUCAGGAGGGUUUACGCACUGGUAGUUUAUAAAACUUGUCAAGAUCACAUGUUUUUUGCUGCUGUAUUUCAUUUCUUUUAUUUAUGUUGUAAAAUAUUUAAUGAUGGUACAGGUCAGAAUUAGUAUACAUGUGAAAUCCAUUAUUCAUGCCAUUUUAAUUCCAUUUUUUGUGCCUGUUUUUUUAAA